GUGUGUGCGGCUGCUGUGGGGCCCUGCGCCCCAGGUACAAAAGGCUGGUUGACAACAUCUUCCCCGAGGAUCCCGAGGAUGGCCUGGUGAAGACCAACAUGGAGAAGCUGACCUUUUACGCGCUCUCAGCUCCAGAGAAGCUGGAUCGCAUUGGCGCCUACCUCUCUGAGAGGCUCAUCCGGGACGUGGGCCGCCAUCGAUACGGGUACGUGUGCAUUGCUAUGGAGGCGCUGGACCAGCUGCUCAUGGCCUGCCACUGCCAGAGCAUCAACCUCUUCGUGGAGAGCUUCCUCAAGAUGGUGGCCAAGCUGCUGGAGUCGGAGAAGCCCAACCUGCAGAUCCUCGGCACCAACUCGUUUGUGAAGUUUGCCAACAUUGAGGAGGACACCCCGUCCUACCACAGGAGCUACGACUUCUUUGUGUCCCGAUUCAGUGAAAUGUGCCACUCGAGCCACGAUGACUUGGAAAUCAAGACUAAAAUCCGGAUGUCAGGCAUCAAGGGGCUACAAGGCGUGGUGAGGAAGACGGUGAAUGACGAGCUGCAGGCCAACAUCUGGGACCCCCAGCACAUGGACAAGAUCGUCCCAUCGCUGCUUUUCAACCUGCAGCACGUGGAGGAGGCAGAGAGCCGGUCUCCCUCACCCCUCCAAGCACCAGAGAAGGAAAAGGAGAACCCAGCAGAGCUGGCCGAGCGGUGCCUCCGGGAGCUGCUGGGCCGGGCUGCCUACGGCAACAUCAAAAAUGCCAUCAAGCCCGUCCUCAUCCACCUGGAUAACCACUCACUCUGGGAGCCCAAGGUGUUCGCCGUCCGCUGCUUUAAAAUCAUCAUGUACUCCAUCCAGCCGCAGCACUCCCACCUGGUUAUCCAGCAGCUCCUGAGCCACCUGGACGCCAACAGCCGCAGCGCGGCCACGGUGCGCGCGGGCAUCGUGGAGGUCCUGUCCGAGGCCGCCGUCAUCGCCGCCACCGGCUCCGUGGGGCCCACGGUGCUGGAGAUGUUCAACACCCUGCUGCGGCAGCUGCGGCUCAGCAUCGACUACGCCCUGACCGGCAGCUACGACGGGGCCGCGAGCCUCGGCACCAAGAUCAUCAAGGAGCACGAGGAGCGCAGGUUCCAGGAGGCCGUCAUCAAGACCAUAGGCUCCUUCGCCAGCACGCUGCCCACCUACCAGCGCUCCGAGGUGAUCCUCUUCAUCAUGAGCAAGGUCCCGCUGCCUUCCCUGCCUCACCCCGUGGAGACCGGGCGGACCGGGGAGAACAGGAACCGGCUGACGCAGAUCAUGCUGCUGAAAUCCCUCCUGCAGGUGUCCACGGGCUUCCAGUGCAGCAACAUGAUGUCGGCCCUCCCCAGCAACUUCCUUGACCGCCUGCUCUCCACCGCCCUCAUGGAGGACGCCGAAAUCCGGCUCUUCGUGCUGGAGAUUCUCAUCAGCUUCAUCGAUCGUCAUGGCAACCGCCACAAGUUCUCCACCAUCAGUACCCUCAGCGACAUCUCCGUCCUGAAGCUCAAGGUGGACAAGUGCUCCCGACAGGACACGGUCUUCAUGAAGAAGCACUCGCAGCAGCUCUACAGACACAUCUACCUGAGCUGCAAGGAGGAGAGCAACCUUCAGAGGCACUACGAGGCGCUCUACGGGCUCCUGGCGCUGCUCAGCAUCGAGCUGGCCAACGAGGAGGUGGUGGUGGACCUCAUCCGCCUGGUGCUGGCUGUGCAGGACGUGGCCCAGGUCAACGAGGAGAACCUGCCGGUGCACAACCGCUGUGCCCUGUACGCCCUGGGCGCCGCCUACCUGAACCUGCUGAGCCAGCUCACCACCGUGCCUGCCUUCUGCCAGCACAUCCACGAGGUGAUAGAGGCGAGGAAGAAAGAGGCCCCGUACCUGCUCCCGGAGGGCGUGUUUGUGGAGAGGCCCAGGCUGCCUCAGAGCCUCGAGGGGGUGGUCCUGGAGUUCCUGUUCCGCCAGAGCAAGAUCAGCGAGGCCCUGGGCGGCAGCGGCUACAAUUCCGACCGGCUCUGCCUGCCCUACAUCCCGCAGCUGACAGAUGAGGACCGCCUGUCCAAGAGGAAGAGCAUCGGGGAGACCAUCUCCCUGCAGGUGGAGGUGGAAUCCCGGAGCAGCCCCGAGAAGGAGGAGCGCGUGCCGGCCGAGGAGAUCACGUACGAGACGCUAAAGAAGGCCAUCGUGGACAGCGUGGCGGUUGAGGAGCAGGAGCGGGAGCGGCGGCGGCAGGUGGUGGAGAGGUUCCAGAAGGCGCCCUUCGAGGAGAUCGCCGCGCACUGCGGGGCCCGGGCGUCCCUGCUGCAGAGCAAGCUCAAUCAGAUCUUCGAAAUCACCAUCCGGCCCCCACCCAGCCCUUCGGGAACCAUCACCGCCGCCUACGGGCAGCCGCAGAACCACUCCAUCCCCGUCUACGAGAUGAAGUUCCCUGAUCUGUGCGUGUACUGAGCUCCGGACACGGAGCCCCUCGGGGGCUGGGGUCUGAGGAAAGGGCCCACCCUCAGGCCUAGCGCCCCCCCACCCCACGGGGCCCGUGGGGCCUCAGGGCUCCACUGAGGAGAGGCAGCCACCCGCUCCCGGGAGGGCCCUGCCUCCUUUGUCCUCAGCCUGGUCCGCCGGGCCGGAGAGGGGCCCUGCUGGACGCCUCAGGUGUGACGGCGGGGGCACAGUUGUCAUUCCCACUGGGGAACCGGACAGACAGAGGAAGCAUGGACCCCGGCGGGAGGAGCCGGGGAGAGGUCCGCGCGGCGUGGCCCAGCUCCCGCCUUGCUGUGCUGUCCCCGCUCUGUGCUCACCCUCCAGCUGCCCGCCCGCGUCUUCCUGUUAGGCUGCAGCAAGAGCGCCCCUGCGUGUCCCUCGUGUACCUCGGGGCGUCUCCCCACGUCUCUGUUCAGAGCAGGCUUGGGCGGGCUAGGGCCCUCCCCGGCUCUCUCCCUCCUGGACUUUUCCCUGAAUUGGGUCCCCUCUUCCAGGGAUCCCAAAGGGUUUCUGUGGCCCUGGGCUGCAGGAAGGCAGAACAAGACCGUCUGGUUCUAGAUGACUCAGAGCUGGGGAGCGACGGAGAGAGGAGCUGAGGAACCCUGGGAGAGCGCGAGGGAGUCGGCUGCUGCCUUCCGGUCCUGCCUCCAGCUGCCUGUGUGUCCCCUGAGCCUCCCCGCCUGGCCCUUGCCUUCGCUUCCAGUGCAGCCCCCCCCACCCCCCACCACAACCCCGUCACUUUCCCAAACGAGUGGGCACUCUCCCCUCGCCAGAGAAUUUGCUUUUUUGCAAAGAGGGAGGACGAACAGAUUUGUUAGCCCAAGGGAACCCCCUUUGGGGCAGUGUGGAAUGAGGUCAGAACAUGGGGUUUCUGCUGAGGGGAGGGCAGGCUUCCCGGGGUUCCCCCAGAUGGUGCCCCUGCACCUGGCCCUGCAGGGAGCGUGGCUGGGAGCCCCGUGACUAGGGGACAGGGUGUACGUUCCACAAUCAGGGAGAACCUUGACACGUGGAUUUCCGCAUUACGUGUGCAAUAAACUUCUUGGGGAUGGGCCGCCUGCCGCUGGUCCUGUGGCUUCCGCGCUGCAGACACGGGAUCGCCUGUGUGUGGCCCGCUCUCCGCCAUGGCUGUUCGGCUGUAUGGCUUUUGGCUUGUACUUAACUCCAAGCAUGAAUUUAGAUCUCCCUUUGAUAUCUCCUUAUUAAGAAGCCACAUUCAAAACAGCCACAUCUGCAGGCAAACAACCUUUGGAAGAAGCAGAAGAAAGUCUAAACCUUGAGCCCCCGACAGGUCCCUUCCCCCGUGGCUCUCCCCGUCCUGUCCUCCGCUGGCUUUGAGGAGAGGCCCUGGGUUUCUAGCGGCAUCCACUGAUGUCAGAUCCCGGGGGGCCUGGUCCUGGGACUUGGAAGUCACUUCCCUGGACUAGAGGCACGCUCCGACGUGGCGGUCCCUCACCCCCAUCCUGGGAGCAGAGAGGGCGGUGCAGGUCCCCGUUUGCACAGCCUGCCUGCUGCUGCUUCCGCAAACGUGUGCUCCCAGGAGAGAACAGGCGUCUUUUGUGUCCUCUUCUGGGUGUGUUGAAAUUUACACUUGGUAGCAUAUCAGGCUGCCUGCUGACGUGGAGUGGGGUCUGGGUUCUGGCCGACGUGCCUUGGAACCAGAAUAUUUUAAGCUGCAUGUUCAUGAGCACAGACAAUGAAGCGGUAAAUGAGGCAGCCCGCUCGCCCCGCCUCGCCCCGCGUCCUGGAAGAGAGGCUAAACAGAGUGGAUGGAACGCGGAGGGAGCAAGGCGCCCACCGGGGCCCCACCCCUCGCAGUACCCUGCCUUCCCAGCCCCCCACACCCCCACCCCCACCCCGCGUCUGGCGACGCCGUCUCCCGUCCUUUUCUACGCUCCUCUGCUGUGGUUUCGAGCCAGAAGGCGCUGGCCCGUUCAGUCCAGCAGCUCCCAAAAGCCACUUGAGGACCCCGGCUCUGUGGCGAGGGGCGGUUGGUUGGGGCUCCGCGGGAGAACUUCGUGGGUGUGAGUGCCGGGGUGUGGAGGAUCUGGCCACUGGGUCGGGUCGUGCACGAGAAGCGGGUCCAUGGGAAGCAGCACCAGCAAGGCCCUGGAGGCCCCUUCGGGUUUCCUUGCGCUGGGGUCCCCCUGCGCCUGUGCUUGUUUGUCCUCUGUCGUUGAAAAGUAGGAACAAGUGGCUUCUUGACACCUAAAUGCCCCCCUUGCCAAAGAAGGCAGGAGAGCAGUCGGAAGUGGGCAGGUCCCCGCACACUUCCCAGCACCACGCCCCGAGCAGUGGCAUGAGCAAGGAGGAUGAGCAAGGAGGGCGGGCCUGGGGCUGAGCGUGUCAGCCCUCCAUCUGCUGGCUCGCAACAGGCUCGGAACUGCCUUGGGGCUGCUCUGAUGGCGGAUCCUGGGGCCACAAUGCUUUCCGGUUGCCAUUCCAGUGUCCCCAGGCCCUCCAACCUGGGUACUGACUAAAGAGUGCUGUUGAGAAGUAAGGCAACUUUCCCAACUCCUCUUGCAACAGGAAAUGGCAGCUGGGUGCUGGGCUGGUAGGUUAAGACAGGGUCAAAGGUCAUCCCCUUUAGCCCACAUGUGGCCCGGGCCUGGGGGCCGCAGGAGGAGGGGCGUGGUGGCCCUGUGCUGGAGCCUGUGUAACAGGGAAGGGGUGAGAAGGGCGCCCUGGGCAGCAGGCACCCUGCUGGGGCCAGAAGGCAGUUUCCUAUGGUCUCCCAGCUGACCGAGCGUCUGCUUGGGGGGAUCACGGGCCUCCCGAGCCCAUCACCUCCCCCUUUGCACUGUUGACCAGGCAGGUGGAGCACACAGUGUAAAUCCACAAAUGCUGCAGCCCAUGCACUGUCACUCGUCUCCGUCCCUUAGACCCUCGUGACCGGGUGAGAGUGUGUGUACGUCUAGGACAGCUGGUGUAUUUAUAUGUGAGUGCAAAACUAGUGCCCGUGGCAGUUUUCUGUGUUUCGCACUUGUUGAAUCUGCUUGGUUUUACCUGAGGGAAGGGGGGAGAGGGGGAGUGGGCGAAGGCUAGGAAGAAGUCUUAGCAACAUCAUUCUUAGGAUGACACGUCACAAUUUCCCAUGAGCCUUCACGAUGCCCUUUCCGAAUAAAUGUUACUGUGGUCACCA